CUGUCCGAAAUUGUGGCGGAACGCAUGCCAUGUUAUUGAGUUUUUUUCUAUGAUGGGAACUUUUGCAAGGAUAUAAUAAUAAUAUGAAUUUAGUGUAUUCGGAGAUUUUUCCGUUAUCUGAGGUUCCCAGUUUCCCUUUCAAUGGCAGAAAGGGGGCUUUUGAUCAGGCGCACACCGCGGGCAGCUUUUGCCUCAGCGGGUCUUCGGCGGCCGCGGGAAGACCCAAGAGUCACUAGAAGCGCAAGAUGGCGACGGCGGCCGCAUCCUCGGCUUCAGAACCCGAGGCUGAGCCCAAGUCUGGGCCCAAGGCUGACGGAGAGGAGGAUGAGGUUAAGGCGGCUAGGACAAGGAGGAAGGUGUUAUCGCGGGCUGUGGCCGCUGCCACGUACAAGACCAUGGGGCCAGGGUGGGAUCAGCAGGAGGAAGGCGUGAGCGAGAGCGAUGGGGAUGAGUACGCCAUGGCUUCCUCUGCGGAGAGCUCCCCCGGGGAGUACGAGUGGGAAUAUGAUGAAGAGGAGGAGAAGAACCAGCUGGAGAUUGAGAGGCUUGAGGAGCAGUUGUCUAUCAAUGUCUAUGACUACAACUGCCACGUGGACCUGAUCAGGCUGCUCCGGCUGGAAGGGGAGCUUACCAAAGUGAGGAUGGCUCGCCAGAAGAUGAGUGAGAUCUUUCCCUUGACUGAAGAGCUCUGGCUGGAGUGGCUGCACGACGAGAUCAGUAUGGCCCAGGACGGUCUGGACAGAGAACACGUGUAUGACCUCUUUGAGAAAGCCGUGAAGGAUUACAUUUGUCCUAACAUUUGGCUAGAGUAUGGCCAGUACUCAGUCGGUGGGAUUGGUCAGAAAGGUGGCCUUGAGAAAGUUCGCUCUGUGUUUGAAAGGGCUCUCUCGUCUGUCGGUUUACAUAUGACUAAAGGACUUGCCCUCUGGGAGGCUUACCGAGAGUUUGAAAGUGCUAUUGUGGAAGCUGCUCGGCUUGAGAAAGUCCACAGUCUCUUCCGGCGACAGUUGGCGAUCCCACUCUAUGAUAUGGAGGCCACAUUUGCAGAGUAUGAAGAAUGGUCAGAAGACCCAAUACCAGACUCGGUAAUUCAGAACUAUAACAAAGCACUACAGCAGUUGGAGAAAUAUAAACCCUAUGAAGAAGCACUGUUGCAAGCAGAGGCACCAAGGCUGGCAGAAUAUCAAGCGUAUAUUGAUUUUGAGAUGAAAAUUGGUGAUCCUGCUCGCAUUCAGUUGAUCUUUGAGCGCGCCCUGGUUGAGAACUGCCUUGUCCCAGACUUAUGGAUCCGUUACAGUCAGUACCUAGACCGGCAGCUGAAAGUAAAGGAUUUGGUUUUGUCUGUACAUAACCGUGCUGUUAGAAACUGUCCCUGGACAGUUGCCUUGUGGAGUCGGUACCUACUGGCCAUGGAGAGACAUGGAGUUGAUCAUCAAGUAAUUUCUGUAACCUUUGAGAAAGCUUUGAAUGCUGGCUUCAUCCAGGCCACUGAUUAUGUGGAGAUUUGGCAGGCAUACCUUGAUUACCUGAGGAGAAGGGUUGAUUUCAAACAAGACUCCAGUAAAGAGCUGGAGGAGUUGAGGGCCGCCUUUGCUCGAGCCUUGGAGUACCUGAAGCAGGAGGUGGAAGAGCGUUUCAAUGAGAGUGGUGAUCCAAGCUGCGUGAUCAUGCAGAACUGGGCUAGGAUUGAGGCUCGGCUGUGCAAUAACAUGCAGAAAGCUCGGGAACUCUGGGAUAGCAUCAUGACCAGAGGAAACGCUAAGUACGCCAACAUGUGGCUAGAGUAUUACAACCUGGAAAGGGCACAUGGUGACACCCAGCACUGCCGGAAGGCGCUGCACCGGGCCGUCCAGUGCACCAGUGACUACCCAGAGCAUGUCUGCGAAGUGUUGCUCACCAUGGAGAGGACAGAAGGUUCUUUAGAAGAUUGGGAUAUAGCUGUUCAGAAAACUGAAACCCGAUUAGCUCGUGUCAAUGAGCAGAGAUUGAAGGCUGCAGAGAAGGAAGCAGCCCUUGUGCAGCAAGAAGAAGAAAAGGCUGAACAACGAAAAAGAGCCCGGGCUGAGAAGAAAGCACUGAAAAAGAAGAAAAAGACCAGAGGCCCAGAUAAGCGUGGAGCAGAUGAGGAUGAUGAGAAGGAGUGGGGCGAUGAUGAAGAAGAGCAGCCUUCCAAACGCAGAAGGGUCGAGAACAGCAUCCCUGCAGCUGGAGAAACACAAAACGUGGAAUCAGCAGCAGGACCCGCUGGGAAAUGUGCCGUUGUAGAUGUGGAGCCCCCUUCAAAGCAGAAGGAGAAGGCAGCCUCCCUGAAGAGGGACAUGCCCAAGGUGCUGCAUGACAGCAGCAAGGACAGCAUCACCGUCUUUGUCAGCAACCUGCCCUAUAGCAUGCAGGAGCCGGACGUGAAGCUCAGGCCGCUCUUCGAGGCCUGUGGGGAGGUGGUCCAGAUCCGACCCAUCUUCAGCAACCGCGGGGAUUUCCGAGGCUACUGCUAUGUGGAGUUUAAAGAAGAGAAAUCAGCCCUUCAGGCGCUGGAGAUGGACCGUAAAAGUGUGGAAGGGAGGCCGAUGUUUGUUUCCCCCUGUGUGGAUAAGAGCAAAAACCCCGAGUUUAAGGUGUUCAGGUACAGCACUUCCCUGGAGAAACACAAGCUGUUCAUCUCGGGCCUGCCUUUCUCCUGCACUAAAGAGGAACUAGAGGAAAUCUGUAAGGCUCAUGGCACCGUGAAGGACCUCAGGCUGGUCACCAACCGGGCUGGCAAACCAAAGGGCCUGGCCUACGUGGAGUACGAAAAUGAAUCCCAGGCAUCGCAGGCUGUGAUGAAGAUGGACGGCAUGACUAUCAAAGAGAAUGUCAUCAAAGUGGCAAUCAGCAACCCUCCUCAGAGGAAGGUUCCAGAGAAGCCAGAGGCCAGGAAGGCACCGGGUGGCCCCAUGCCUUCACCGCAGACAUAUGGAGCGAGGGGGAAGGGAAGGACGCAGCUGGCUCUACUGCCUCGUGCCCUGCAGCGCCCAAGUGCUGCAGCUCCUCAGGCCGAGAACGGCCCUGCCCCGGCUCCUGCAGUUGCCACCCCACCAGCCACCGAGGCACCCAAGAUGUCCAAUGCCGAUUUUGCCAAGCUGUUUCUGAGAAAGUGAACGGGAUUCUGGGAGACAGGAAAUGCCUUACUUCACUCUGGCCCGGAGGACCACCCACACUACCCAGCAGUGCACUGGGGAUGGACAUGCCUGGUGUGCUGCCCACUCGCAACCACAGAUGGCUCCUCUGCUUCACAGAAAGGGGAAGAGGCCCUAAGUCAAGAGCCUUUUUCAGUGCUCCCUCAUAUUGAGGGCAGUGGCAGAAAAGCGACCACUCUGCAGGCUGGGCCCAGGAUGUGGUGUCCUAAGAGGCUUUUGUAUCUUCAAGACUGAGGCACAGAAGCGAAACUAGAAUACAGAGUUUUUGAGACGCACUUGUCCAAAUGUUCCUGGCCAGCUCCGGCCCCUUUUUAUAUGACACUUGUCUUCCACCCUGGACAGCACAUGUGCCCAUCAUUCUUUUAAAAGAUGAAAUGGCAGAUGCUAGUAAUUCACCAGAAUGGCCUAAUGUGGGGGUGGGUGUGAGGGAAGUCAUCUAAAAACAUUUGCUGAAUUUUUGUUCAAGGGGGCUGUGCAUUUUUAUAUUCUGUAUUUGUAAAUGAUAUGUCAACCAUUGUUUUAUGUUUCCUUAAAGCAGAAUAUUUGCGACAUUUGUAUAGGAAUUAUUUGUGCCACCUGCUGUGGACUGUUUUCUUUGCCUAGUGAUUAGUGACCUGUGUUGUCUAAACAUGAGUUUCAGCCCUUUGGUUUUGUUUAAUACCAUGUUAAAUGCAAACUUCACUUCUCCCCAUUUAGCUUUAUUAAACUGAAGUUCUCUUAAAAACUUUUUGCUGAACGGUACUCAGAUGUGCAUUCACAUAUGGAUGUGUUUUGAAGUGGGUGUACCUUGCUUUACCUAAUGGAUGUGUAAAUAGAACUUUUGUUAAGUCAAAUCUCAUUGUCACUUUGAUUUAAAUUAUUUCAGCUGUGAUGUGUCUUCAGUUUUAUACAAUUUAGGUUAUAGCAGUUUGACACUGGAGCUUAUGAGCUUUUUUACUUCACAUCUUUUAUCAAAUAAUAUUUAUUGCUUUGAAAACAGCAUUGCCAGUUCAGUAGGGGAAGCUUCCUUUAUUUACACAGUCUGGAGAAAGAUGUCAGGGAAUCCUUGUAUAUGUCAUGGGAAUCAACUCCUCAUUUAUCUGUUGUGUUAAGUUUUUGUGCAUCAGUCGGGCUUUUCUAUAUUUUUUUUAACUUAACAUUUUUUAAUAUAACCUAUUAAAAA